AGAAAGUCGAUCCGAUUGAGCGCUCAUUUGAGCACACAUUCAACCGCAAAUUCAAUAGAAGUAGUGCGGAUGGUAGCCAUGGUACGGGCCAUUGCCCUGAUGGCCCGGGUCGUAGCCCUGCUGGUUCUGCCGGGCCUGCUCCUGCAACCGACGCUGGCGCUCCGCCUCUAUGCAGGCAGAGCACAUGCGGGGAGAAGGCGUCUCGUGCACGGUGGGGAGGAUGUCUGCGCAUCCCGGGUCCUGGUUUCUACGGCAGGCCCGGCCGUGCUGGCGGACGUUGUGGAAAGAGGUAUGUCCGCAUGUGUAGAAGGUGACGAUGGAUGUGUAGCACAUCUUGACGGUUGUAUAGGGUUGGGUUUAGUUGUGUGGUUUGUGAGCGGGGGUUGGUGUGUGUAUGAGGGUGUGUUCGUGAGUGAUUGUAUGUUUGUUAGAGUGUGUCGAGUAGUAGAGGUUGUUGGUGAGGAUAUCUUUUUCUGAGCGCAGAGCCGUGGUACUUAUAUAUCUUUUUGUGAGAGCAGUGCUCCAUCAUACACCUUGUCACCUGGCAUGACAAUGCCAUGCUGGCAGAUUAGCGUUGGCGCGGCUCUCAUGUCACGGAGCUGUGAGGUGGCCAUGGAGAGUUUGCUACUAUUGUCGGUGAGGCUGCAAGCUUGUUUGUGUGCAAAGGG